AUGGAAACCUGUUUGGCCUCAACGACUGAUUCUAAAUCCUUGAACAUUUGGUCCUCAUCAAUUACUAAACUACAACGUAUUAUUGUCUAUUGUUUGAGGUUUAAAACUCGGCGCAGAGGUCCACUGGCCCUUGAUGAACUUGAAGCUGCCCUCCAUGCUAUCGUACACUGGGUACAAUCAGAGAACUUUACAGCGGCCAUCAAGGAGCUCCAACACCCUCCGACAACUGGGCAUAAAUCCUCAGAAUUGUCUAAAUUUGCUAAAUUGACUCCAUUCAUCGACAAGGAUGGACUUCUACAAGUGGGAGGUCGGUUGACGAAUGCAAAUAUUCCAUAUUCUCAACGUCAUCCCCUCAUUCUCCCAAGGCGACACCCAUUAACUGACCACAUCAUCAGGCAUGAGCACAGAGUACAACUACAUGCUGGUGCCCAAGCUACGCUAUACACUGUUCGCCGUCGUUUCUGGCUCCUGGACGGGCGCCAUUCAGUUGGACGCAUUGUUCGGUCUUGUAUCAAAUGCAUCAGACACAAGCCACCACAAGUUGAUUACAUCAUGGGUAAUCUGCCUGAGUCUCGAAUAACAGAGUCUCGUCCAUUCACUCACGUUGGGAUCGACUACCGUGGCCCCUUCUUUAUAAAGGAAAAGAAGGUGUACAACCAAGGUCGCAUCAAAGUCUACGUCGCUGUCUUCGUCUGCCUUGCGGUUAAGGCAGUCCAUUUGGAGGUCGUGAGUGACCUCACUACUAAGGGUUUUCUCGCCGCCUUGCGACGUUUCAUCGCUCGACGGGGAGUUUGCAGCAACAUUUACUCAGUCAAUUGCACAAAUUUUGUCGGUGCCAACAGUGAGCUGAAGGAGGUUCACGAAUUCUUGCAGAAUGAAAAUGAUCGGCAAAAAAUCCUUCAUUUUGCCACUUCCAAGGAGAUCCGCUGGCACUUCAUCCCAGCACAAUCUCCAAACUUUGGUGGACUCUGGGAAGCUGCGGUUAAGUCCUUCAAGCAUCAUUUGAAAAGGAUUGUGACCACCGAAGUACUCACAUUAGAAGAGUUCAACACAUUAGCAAUCGAGAUUGAGGCCGUACUAAAUUCACGACCUCUCACACCUCUUUCAACAGAUCCAAUCGAUCCAAUUGCAUUGACUCCUGGCCACUUCUUGAUUGGUGACUCGCUGACAAAUCUCAGAGGUCCAGACUUUCGGGACACUCCGAGCAAUCGUCUUUCAACUUGGCAACACAUCCAGGAGUUGAAACGGGACUUUUGGGCCCGCUGGCAUCGAGAAUACAUCAGCGGGUCAACCUCAAAUCCAAGUGGACGCAUGGGGAGCACCAAAUCAAAGAAGGUACUCUCGUAA